AUGCCUCGCUCAUUUACAAUCAGAAGAAGCCUGACUAGACGUGUUUCAUAUUCAUCCAAAGCUUCUGGUAAGAAAGUUGAUUUGUUAUCAUAUAAAGACUCUGGUCAGAUCUUAGAAAUUUUGAGGCGGGUUAGUUCCAUUAACGCUAUAAUGGCGGCAUGUACAGCUGGCAGAUUGUUGCAAAUUUAUCCCGGGAGGAAACAGUGAAACAUUCUAUUAGGGCCAGCCAGGGCUGAGGUGGUGUAAUGAACGCCUAAAGAAGCAAACUCCGCCGACUAGAGUAUACUAAUUAUACCGAUUGUAAAAUACAGUCUAUUGAACUCGACCUAAUUAAUCAAUUGGAUGUAGUCUCUGUUUCUUGUAUAUGACGCUAAACGUAACCUCACUAAACAGCUCUAGGGAAGGAUGGCUAAUUCAGUUCACCUUGAAAUGACCAUCUGUUUUUGGAUUUCUUGCAGUUAAAGGAGAAGAGAAGAAAAAGCUUGAGGCCUCCAAUCAGGAAACGAAAGAAACCAUGAUAGAAAGAAAAGUAAGCUGUAAUACAUGUUUCUCAGAUGAUGGUAAGGAAUGUGGAGGGAUCCCGCGAAAUGACCAUACCACGCUAUUAUCUUUUUCAAUUGAUAAGAUUCUGGAAUUCUCACCAGCAGAUAAAAUGAGUGAUCAUGAUCAAGGCAAGAUCAUUUUCAACGAAACCUCGCCCAGUAUCGACCUACCCUUUCGUAAUAAUUUAUGCCCAGUUUCUAAAGACGACAAAAGUCCUAACUACAAGUGUCAUCAAUGUGGGAAAGUCUUCAAAACUCAACACAUGUUUGCCAGACAUAUGAAACUGCCACAGCACACAAGUGAAAGACCGUUUGUGUGUCUGACCUGUGGCAAAGGUUUCCGAUUGUCGAGCACUUUGUGUCGUCAUAAGAUUAUUCACACCAAUCGACGACCUUUUGUUUGCCAAAUUUGCAAGAAAGCGUUCAAUCGCCACUCAACACUGGCAACGCAUUACAGGACACACAGAAAUCUGGUGACGAGAAGUGAUGUGAAGAACAACGCUGGACAAUACCAGCAUCCUCCUGCGGCUCACCUUGAUAUUUUGAAUGAUGAUCGCAUUAAUCAAGCAGUUAAUUGUUUUAUUCCACGCAAUCCACUUUGGUCUUGA